CCCAGUUGGAAUUGUUCCAUUGUUGUCAUGGCACUCUGUUAUCAGAGGAAAUCCACAAAGUGCGGGGUUGCCCUGAUUCAGGUGAAACAAAAAGGUUAUGGAAGCCAUGCUCAUUGGAAUUGGACCAGAAAGUUUGUUUCUUGAUAGGUCGAGGGUCUCCAACCACUGCAAGUUUCCAAUUUUUCUGGUAUAUUUCCCCCCAAAUUAUUACUGGACAAAUUCAGGGUUCCUAGUUUCAGAAGGCUUGUUAGUUCGAUAGGAAUCUCCCCUGAUAAGCUAUUAUUGGACAGAACCAGACUAUUCACAGGGUAGAGAAUGUUAUAGUAUUCCAGUGCUCUUCCUUUAGUAACAAGUUUCAAGCAUCCAUCGUAUUGUGCUAUAUCUGUAUAUCAUCAUCUGAAAGUUCAGAUUUGAAGCCACUCAAGCUCCCAAAACAGGAAGGAAUGAAUCCUGGCACAUGGUUGUGUGAGAGGUCCAGUAUGUGAAGCGUGGAAAGGGCACAGAUUUCUGAAGGAAUAUUACCGCUGAAGAAGUUGGACCACAAGGCUAAAAUCAAGAGGGAUGGAAUGCUUUCUUCUAUCCGGGAUGGAAUGUUUCCAGAAAAUUUGUUAUCACCAAGAUCAAGGAUUUCCAAGGCACUGCAGUUUUGCAGCUGGGAAGGAAGUUCACCAGAGUGAUUGUUGUUGGAUAGCACCAAGAAUCUGAGUGCCGUGAGGGAAACCAUUGAUCUUGGUAUUAUACCUGAGAGGCUGUUGUUUGACAUACCUGCAAUAUACAGGGAAGACAUCUCAUUCCAGAUCUGAGGAAUUUCUCCAGAUAAAUUAUUUUUGGAGAUAACCAAGGUGAUCAUCAAAGCCUUUAGAUUACCUAUAGACAAGGGAAUGCUGCCAUUCAGAGAGUUCCAAGAGAUAUCCAAAUCUGUCAGAAUGGGUAUUACUUCACCAAUGUUUUGAGGAAUUGGUCCAGAAAACAAAUUACUCCUCAAAUACAGUGUACUCACAUUAAAAUACUGUUGAUACCAAGUCAACUGAUGAUGGAUUCCUCCCUCUGAGGUAGCAAUGAAAGCUCCCGUUCAGAUGCUAGAAUUUGGACUUCCUGCUUCCCUACACAAAGAUGUUCGGACGGGUUGUUCGGGCACACCCUCCGAAGCCCAAGUCAGAUGCUAGGAAGAAUGGAAACCUUUAGAGAGAGAAUGGAAACCCUUAGAGAGAGAGAUCAUAGAACUCACAGUGUCCUCUCCUUCUGUUCUAUUACAGUAGGGUUUUUAUAGUGUUCAAAGGUGGAGAGGGGCUCAAUAGUGCUGAGAUGGUCAUUGUAGUGAUGAUUGUGCAGUAGUGACAAGACAAUCAUCAUAUUUAUAGGACGGUUGGGGCUGUGUUAGACGACGCGUCAUGACAUAGCUUGUAGUCUUUUCAACCUUGCUGGUGACUUGAGACUUGUUGUGCCUGUCUACUGAAGUAGACGUGAGGAUGGGAAGGGUCUUAUCAGUCAAUCUGGUGUCAGCUAACCAGGGCUUGCAUAUCAGAGAAGAUUUGAGGCUAUCGGGGGGAUGCGGGCCGCUCAGUGGCGCAAAUGGUCUAGACAGAACCCGGGUGCCUUGAAGGUUGUUUGAAUAGUGAUGAAGAACUGUCACAUGCCCUAACUGGGAUAAUGCCACGUGGACAGACGCAUGGAUGUACUCGUGGGUGGACACGUGGGAUAAGGCCCCCACAAAUACCAGAGUGGGAGAGGACCAUCAAAGAGGUUUGAGCUCAAAUCAACAUUGGAUAGGUAGUUGAACACUAGUGAGUUUGGAACUUUGCCUCUUAAUUGAUUAUAAGCAAUGUCGAGUUCACUGAGCUGCAUUAUUCAGCACCAUAGUGGUCAACUCAUUUUGAGUUCUGAGCCAGCUAGGAAAUUUGGGACCUUGGCAAGAUCUAAGGUUAAUGUAUGUGAGUUUGAAAGGAGAAGCCCAGUUAGAGAUGUUGAAAACUAAAGAAACAUUUGGAGAACUUUUAGUAAUCGACAGCUGCUUUAGGUUUGAGAGGUUGGCAAAGUGAGCUUCUGUUAUGACACCUUCCCAUGAAUUCUCAUUAAGCUCCAGCAUGACCAGCGAUGAGAGUUGUCCAAUGCUGUCUGGGAUGAUCCCACCCAUUUGAUUCUGAGAGAGGUACAAUACCUGUAAAGAGGAUAAGCUCCCAAUUGAUUCUGGAAUUGAACUGCAAAAUGAAUUAGACAGUAAUUGAAGAUAUCUUAAAUUCUUAAGAUGCCCCAAUGAAUCUUGCAGGUUUCCAGUCAGUUUAUUGUAUCCCAAAUCCAGAUUCUCUAAGGUGCUGUAAGAGCAUGCAGAUAAGCCAUUGAGGAACUCAGUUAUCUCACCAGAAAGUUUGUUAACAGAGAAUCAAUGUCCGCAAAUUGCACAAAUUUCCCAGUGUUCUUGGAAACUCUCCUUCAAUGUUCGAAUUCUUGGACAAAUCAAGUAGCUGGAGAGAAGUAAAGUUCUGGAAUGCAUCUGGAAGUCCACCUUGGAGGUUGUUGGAGUUGAGAUCAAGGUGCACAAGGCUACUGAGAUUAAAUAACCAGUGAGGAAUGGUGGAGUCAAACCCUUGAGAGAUCAAGAAGGGAAAGAGAAGUAAAAUUGAGAAAUGGAAGAGAAAGGGACAGGUUGGAAAGUUGACAGUUGGGCAAGUGCAACUCCAAAAGAGAAGGUAAAGUAUCUGGAGCCAGUAGCCUGCAGCCUUGCUGAGAUCAAUACGUCCCAAGUUAAGGUACUUCAAAGAAGAAAGGCCUGACAGCCAUUCCAGGCCAUUCUUGUUUGGUUCGAUAGUGUGUUGAGAUCAAGGUAGUGCAAGUUUGAGAGGUUUGCAAUAGAUGGAGAGAUCAUACCACCAAAGGAUGCUCCAGAGAGAUUGAGAUAUCUCAACUUCCCAAGUGAUCCAACGAAUUUUGGAAUUUCCAUUCCUUCAAAAUUAUUCAUGCUGAUGUCUAGAUAAUUCAGAUAUUUCAAAUGGAGCAAAGAAGGAUUGAUCUCACCACCCAACUCGCUAACUGUUCCAUCGCCCUCCAAACUGUUUGGGAAUGGGUUGCCAAGUUUGAGCUUGAUGAUGCUUCCAGUCCUGUUAUAGCAGCUAACUCCUCUCCAUUUACUAUAAUCUUCUCUGACCCAAGAUGACAUCCAACCUCAAGAAUCCGUGAAGCCUUGUUUGAACUUGAGAAGUGCUUCCUUCUCAACUUCUAGGCAAUCCAUGUUCUGAUUGGCAUCACAUGAGCUGAGUUUAAUUGUUCCUUGGGACAAAUAGUAGGAGUGAGAGAAAUUGAGUAAUGACAUUGCACAUGAUUAUGUUAUGAUCAAAGUGUAAGAGGAAGAGAGUUUCUCUUCUAUCCAACAGAAGGCUGAAUUAGUCUACUUACAGAACAAAUUAGGUGCUUGAGGGGAAGAUUUAGUUGGUUGAUGUGGUUAGGACAUUUGACCCCACAUGAUAUUGAAAUGCUUUGCCCUUUUUGAGACGCUAGAAUGUGAACAUUUUUUAUAGGUUAUGAUGUGAACAUUAGAAACUCUGUUAGGAAGUGUGACAAUACCUUGUUCCAAAAGGAGGAGUAACUUUGUGAUAUCCUCACCAGCUACUAUUCUACCGAACUUGAGAACUCUGUUCCCAUUUGACAUUAUCCUGACUGCUAUAGCCUAAAUUUUUACUCAGUGAUAGUGUUAGCUUCUCUAUACGCAUUAUGAGUUGUGAUCUUGUCAACUGACAAACUACGACAGCCAGACUCCUGGUGGGGGUUGUUAGAGCCACAAUAGUAAAACUGAAUGGAGUAGGGAAUUUGAGCUGUUGAAGCGUUCCUGUCCUUAAUGAAAAUGUCUUGCCUUCUUUGUUUUGUAGUGUGGCCUCUUUGACACGCUAAUGUAACACUUGCUUUAAUAGGUCCAGAUGUGGACAUCAAAACUUUACUAGAACGUGUGACAAUGCCAAAGCUUUGGGGUAAUUGCAUUUGUUCUUAUGUAUAGAGCUUCACGGUAUACUACUUCAGCAACUCGCAUAGAAACAUGGCUACUACCAAUGCCUGUCUUCAACUUCUUUUUCUUGUCAUUAUGUCCUCGGGGUUUCUUUUCCAUGAAACCCUUAAACCAGGCUGCUGCCAUGGUGAUCACCAUAGGGCAGCCUCCAUUGACACUGAGAGGGUAGCUCUUCUCAAGUUCAAACAAGGCCUUACAGAUCCUUCUCAUCGACUCUCAUCUUGGGUAGGGGAAGACUGCUGCAAGUGGAGAGGCGUCGUCUGCAACAACAGGAGUGGACAUGUCAUCAAACUCAAUCUGCGUAGUCUUGAUGAUGAUGGAACAGAUGGCAAGUUGGGCGGUGAGAUAAGUCUUUCUUUGCUUGAUCUGAAAUAUCUGAAUCACUUAGACCUGAGCAUGAAUAAUUUUGAAGGGACUGGAAUCCCAAGGUUUAUUGGUUCACUGGAAAGGUUGAGAUAUCUCAAUCUCUCCUGUGCCUCCUUCAGUGGACCAAUUCCUCCACAACUUGGAAAUCUUUCCAGGUUAAUCUACCUUGACCUCAAGGAAUACUUUGAUUUCAACAGAUACCCUGAUGAGUCCAGCCAGAAUAAUCUUCAGUGGAUAUCUGGUCUUUCUUCUUUAAGACACGUUAAUUUAGAAGGAGUCAAUCUAAGUAGAGCUUCUGCUUAUUGGCUUCAUGCUGUUAGCAAGCUUCCUUCUCUUUCAGAGUUGCAUCUAUCUAGUUGUGGACUUUCUGUCCUCCCUCGUUCUCUCCCAUCUUCCAAUCUUACAUCCCUUUCAAUACUUGUUCUCUCCAACAAUGGUUUCAACUCCACAAUACCCCACUGGUUAUUCCAGCUGAGGAAUCUUGUGCACCUUGAUCUCAGCUUUAACAAUCUUCGAGGCUCAAUUUUAGAUGCAUUUGCAAACAGGACUUGUCUUGAAAGUUUAAGAAAGAUGGGUAGCCUCUGCAACUUGAAAACACUGAUCCUUUCUGAGAACGAUUUGAAUGGGGAAAUAACUGAAAUGAUAGAUGUUUUAUCUGGGUGCAACAAGUGUAGUUUAGAGAACCUGAAUCUGGGAUUGAAUGAACUGGGUGGUUUUCUUCCUUAUUCACUAGGAAACCUGGACAACUUGCAGUCUCUUCUGCUUUGGGAGAACUCGUUUGUAGGCUCAAUUCCGAAUUCAAUAGGAAACUUGUCGAAUUUGGAAGAGCUAUACCUCUCUAAUAAUCAAAUGAGUGGGACCAUUCCAGAAACACUUGGACAACUUAAUGAGUUGGCUGCGUUAGAUAUCUCUGAGAAUCCAUGGGAAGGUGUUCUAACAGAAGCCCAUUUGUCAAAUCUCACAAACUUAAAGGAGUUGUCCAUCGCUAAAUUUUCGUUACUUCCAGACCUAACAUUGGUUAUCAAUAUCAGUUCUGAGUGGAUUCCCCCUUUUAAGCUCCAAUACCUUAAUCUGAGAUCAUGCCAAGUGGGUCCUAAAUUUCCAGUUUGGCUCAGAAACCAAAAUGAGCUUAACACUCUAAUACUCAGGAAUGCUCGAAUUUCAGACACCAUACCAGAGUGGUUUUGGAAGUUAGACUUGGAAUUGGAUCAACUGGACUUGGGCUAUAAUCAAUUAAGUGGCAGAACUCCAAACUCAUUAAAGUUCACUCUUCAAUCCUCGGUUUGUUUGAUGUGGAACCAUUUCAAUGGUUCUCUGCCCCUUUGGUCAUCAAAUGUGAGUAGCCUACUUUUGAGAAAUAAUUCAUUUUCUGGACCAAUCCCUCGGGAUAUCGGGGAAAGAAUGCCCAUGCUGACAGAGUUAGAUCUCUCUCAUAACUCUCUAAGUGGAACCCUUCCCGAGUCCAUUGGUGAACUAAUUGGUUUAGUGACUCUGGAAAUCUCAAACAAUAGUUUGACUGGAGAAAUCCCUGCAUUGUGGAAUGGUGUUCCCAAUUUGGUGGCGCAUGUAGACCUGUCAAACAACAACUUAUCUGGCGAGCUGCCAACUUCUGUGGGUUCUCUGUCCUACCUUAUGUUUUUAAUGCUCAGCAACAAUCAUCUUUCUGGGGAACUUCCUUCUGCCUUGCAGAAUUGCACAAACAUCCGUACUCUUGAUCUCGGAGGCAACAGAUUUUCAGGAAAUAUUCCAGCAUGGAUUGGACAAACAAUGCCAAGUCUUUGGAUUCUACGACUACGAUCAAAUUUGUUUGAUGGGAGCAUUCCGUUACAACUUUGCACUCUUUCCUCUCUUCACAUAUUGGAUCUUGCACAAAAUAAUCUGUCAGGAUCUAUUCCCUCUUGCGUUGGGAAUUUGAGUGCUAUGGCAUCUGAAAUUGAAACAUACAGAUAUGAGGCCGAAUUGACGGUGUUGACGAAAGGAAGGGAAGAUUCAUAUAGAAACAUUCUCUAUCUUGUGAAUAGCAUCGACCUGUCUAACAAUGGCCUAUCUGGAGAUGUGCCCGGAGGGCUAACAAAUCUUUCAAGAUUAGGCACCUUGAACUUGUCUAUGAACCAUUUGACAGGAAAAAUACCAGACAACAUUGGGAACUUAGAAUUGUUGGAAACUCUAGACCUCUCAAGAAACCAGCUUUCCGGUCCAAUUCCACCAGGUAUGGCUUCUUUGACUCUCAUGAAUCACUUGAACCUGUCGUAUAACAACCUGUCAGGUAGAAUUCCAUCAGGCAACCAGCUGCAAACCCUGGAUGAUCCAUCAAUAUACUGGGACAACCCUGCACUAUGUGGGCGUCCAAUAACCGCUAAGUGUCCUGGUGAUGAUGAUGGAACCCCCAAUCUUCCCAGUGGAGAUGAUGAAGAUGACGAUGAAGAUGGAGCUGAGGCUGAAAUGAAGUGGUUCUACAUGAGCAUGGGAACAGGAUUUGUGGUGGGGUUUUGGGGAGUUUGUGGCACCUUGGUAGUGAAGGAGUCAUGGAGGCAUGCCUAUUUUAGGCUUGUGAAUGACAUCAAAGAGUGGCUGCUUCUAGUUAUUCAGCUGAAUGUAGCCCGUCUCCAAAGGAAACUGAAUUUGGGAAAAAGCCAGCAUCAUACUGGAACAACCUUCUGAAAUUAAGUUCCUGAAAUGAAUGAAUGCUUUGAUGUAGCCUAGCAGUUCAGCUUCGUGUGCAACCUUCUGACAUUAUGUUCCAGAAAUAAAUGAAUGCUUCUAGAUAGUUUAGCACUUCAGCUUCAUGUACAACGUUCUGAAAUAUGAAGUUUUCCUUCCAAGUUUUUUUAA